GAAAAAAAAGAAAAAGCUGAACCGUCAAAACAUAAACAGAGCAGGCAAUCUUAUGUGAACGCAGCUAGCUCGCAAUAUAGUCUGACUUUUCAAAAAAGCUUUAUGCACGCAUUCCUCAUGUCGUGUGUUUUUCGUCAUAGAGUUCCUAGUCGAGGCACUUAGCUCAUUUGCUGAGUAGCGAGGUGGAGCAAAUAAAUCUGCAAUAAAGAUUAAGACUAAACUAAGAAGUACGCCUCGUCGGGCCUUCGACUACAGGUUGUCCCUCGGGUCGACGCAGGACUUCACAAAUACAAUGGCCGAGGCUGACGGCAAAUCCACGGUGCUUAACGGUGGCUCUGAAGAACAGGAGCCUGGAGAAGAGCAACACAAAGAGGGGGAUGCCUCUGGAAACAAAGAGGGGCAAACACAGUCUUCCUCUCAAGAUGCUCCCAAAGAAACAGCUGAAGCGUCUGGAGACAAAUCUAUGCCAGAUGUAGAAGGAGAGACUGGCACAACCAGGGAGGGGGAAGAGGAUGAAGACACAGACAGCAUGGACGGCAGCGGCCUCUACUCUUUAACUGAGGAUGGUGAAAGGGAGAGCGAGGGAGGAAGGCGAGAGAAAGCCAAAGAAAAAGAUGGUGGGAAAAGGGCAGCUAGAAAGAGAAACAGACCUGGCGGCGGCACUAACCACUCCUCCAGUUCAGAUGAUGAUGACGACGAUGAUGAUGAUGAAGAAGAACAGAAAGACGACGAUGAUGAUGAUGACGACGACGAUGAUGAUGAAGCUAUGGAGGCAUGGCUCGGGGCAGAGCUCCGUGACAUGCGUGGUCCUGUGUGGCGGGCAGUACCCUCGCUGCGCUCCAGAGAGAUCGGCAGGGACUCACACCAGUUUGUGAGGCGCGUGUGUGGGGCUCGUGGCCUCGUGCAAAGGCUGGAGCUCCAAGGCCGAUUAGAGAGGCAUACAGGCUGUGUCAACACAUUGCACUUCAACCCAUCGGGCACACGCCUGGCAUCAGGCAGCGAUGACCUGCGUGUGGUGAUCUGGGACUGGGCCAUCCGUCGUGCUGAACUGGAGUUUGACAGUGGACACAAGAGCAAUGUCUUUCAGGCAAAGUUCCUGCCUCACAGUGGGGACUCCACCUUGGCCAUGUGUGCUCGUGAUGGUCAGAUCAGAGUGGCUGAGCUUUCUGCCACACAGCGCUGCAAGAACACGAAACGGGUCGCACAGCAUAAAGGCGCUGCACACAAGCUGGCCCUUGAGCCAGAUUCACCUUGCUCCUUUCUGUCCGCUGGAGAGGAUGCUGUCGUAUUUGGUAUUGACUUGCGUCUAGACCGCCCUGCCAAUAAACUGGUGGUUGUAAAGGAGGGUGAUAAAAAAGUGGGGCUGUACACCAUCUUUGUGAACCCAGCAAAGACACACCACUUUGCUGUUGGCGGGAGAGAUCAGUAUGUAAGGAUCUAUGACCAGAGGAAGAUUAAUGAAAAUGAUAACAAUGGUGUCCUGAAAAAGUUUUGUCCCUCACAUCUGGUAUCCAGUGAGUCUAAAACCAACAUAACCUGCCUUGUGUACAGUCACGAUGGCACAGAGCUCCUGGCUAGUUACAAUGAUGAAGACAUCUACUUGUUUGACUCCGACCACAGUGAUGGGGCAGACUAUCUCAGGAGAUAUAAGGGACACCGCAAUAAUGCCACAGUGAAGGGGGUGAAUUUCUAUGGGCCAUGCAGUGAGUUUGUGGUCAGUGGCAGCGACUGUGGGCACAUCUACCUAUGGGACAAGUACUCUGCUCGCAUUGUCCAGUUUAUGGAGGGAGACAGAGGAGGAGUGGUGAACUGUUUGGAGCCACACCCACAUCUGCCAGGUAUGGCUACCAGUGGGCUGGAUCAUGACAUCAAACUGUGGGCCCCCACAGCUGAAACCCCCACAGGACUCAAGGGUCUCAAAGAGGUAAUGAAGAAAAACAAACGGGAGCGUGACGAGGACAGUGUGCGCCACGGCGAUCAGUAUGACACCCAGCUGUUGUGGUUCCUGAUGAGACACAUGAGAAACAGAAGACCUGCAAGGGCCCGUCGUGAGGGUGCAGAUGCAGACACAGAUGAUUCUUGGAGUUCUCCAGAUUCCUCAGAUGAAGAGGACGGAGGUCCAGAUCACGUCCAGUGCAUGUCAUCAUGAGACACACACACACACAUACAUAAACACACACACACAUACAUAAACACACUUUAUUGCCCUUGAAUUGAUGCACAUAGGCAAGCACUAUUGACACACUGGCACAUUCAAACACUGACAAGCCACAGACUUUUUUAACACACAAACACAGAUAAACACACAUUUACUUAAACAUACUGUUGAAGCAGAGUGAUAGUGACAGAGAUGCUUAGCGCCUGGUUUCUCAGCAGUUACGAGUGUGCAUAUGGCAACUACAGACACACUUCCAGAAUCCCUUUCUAGUUUUGUUUUUUUGAGAAUUUUUCAAAGAGGUGAGGUUAGUAACUGCUUUUACACCCCUAUGAACCACUUGGAGGUCCUUGGCUGUCCAUACAUCAAUUAAAUGCUCUGUCUAGGCCCAGAAUGAUGUACUGUGUGUAUAUGGCACACAGACAAAAUGUGCACUGAGUGUGUGAUAGGAAAAUCCAGUUUUGUUUUGUUUUUUUAUGUUUGUUUUGUUUUUUUUCUGAGACAAGGGGGUGUUUUGCACUUAAGUGUUUCGUGACUUGAGGAGAGGUGGUUUCCCUUGUUUUGACCAGCCUUUCCUCACCUCUUUCUUCCUCUUCCUCCCUCAGUCUCUAUUUAGUUCACCUCUCAGUGAUCACAGAAAUUGAGAGGUAGAAGGUGUUCAGCAUAUGUGUAGGAAUUAAGGACUGAUUUGGGGCUCUGUUGGGGAAUUUGUCAUUUUAAAGAGCCAGAACCGACCUGGAUUAAUUGCAGUUGAAACACUGCCUAAGAGCCAAUAGAGAUGGGAGUGAUAAAGGGCUGCAGAUGUUUAUGUGGUUCCUUAAAGAAAUUUGGACAUUAACUUUCAUUUUCUUGCCAUGAAUCUUGAACAAGGGAGAAAUGGCUAGUCUGGUUCAGUCCACAUAGCAGCACAUUUAAAUCUCUCCACUUAUCACAUUUUAUGUUCUUUGUUUAAGCCAUAUGAAAAUCUUAAUUGUUACUGAGGAUGGUGGAGAGUAACCAGAAAGGAAGUUUUCUAGGCUUUGAGAUUUGGCUUAAAGAACUGACAUACAAUGUUAUAACUUAGUGCUUAUUAGUUGAUUUGGUUAUCUCUGGACAGACCCAGCCUAGCCACAUCCCUGGGUUGCAUCCCCUUUGUAUAAAACUAUGCUAAGUACCUGAUGGUGUUAGCUUCACAUUUAGUAUAUUUAACAAGCCUGACCAAUGUAUCAUCUAGCUUACGGCAAGAACAACAACAAAAGAAAAAGUUUAAAAAUGAAUUCCACCUGAGCCAGGUCGGGUGUUAGCAGCCAGCACAUCACUCCUGUCUCUGUGCUGCGUUGACAGCGGCUCAAAGAUGAGAAUGGGGGGAGGAGCAGAGUCAAUAUGCUUGCCAGUCAUUUGUUGUGUGAGAGCGAUAAAAGUCCAGCUUUUCUCAUUUUCUAUGAGAACUGUAGUUAGUUGAAUUUAUAUGUACAUAUAUAAAUAUAUAUUAAAACUGUAAAAAAAAAAAAAAAA